AUGGAAAGUGAUGAUGGCGAGUAUUUUAUGAAAUAUAAAGACAACCUAAGACUGCUAGAGAAUGAGUUAUACCAGCUUAGCAAUUGCAAUGCCAACAUUUUCAUAUGGAGGCUUGUCAUAAAACACAGCUUAUGUCUCAGUAUUGAGCAACAACAAGAAGAGUUAUAUGCUCUAGUAGAGCUUGAUAAAGUAGAUGUUAAUAUCUGUGAACUUAUUGAUCAACUACUGAAGAUUUUGCUAGAAACUGAGCUUUGUGCAUGGAAUGCAUGCAUAGGCUUGAAGAGCAGAGGAAGGAAAGAGGACCCUAACCAAUUUAGCAUAUCACACAGGGGAAGCAAGAUUCCUGAAUCUGGUUUAAUGACAUCAUCUCUAAAUUCCAAGAUGUGUAUCCAGACAUGUGAAGAAAAUAGUUUUCAUUCUACUACUACAGUAUCGGUUCAAGUCCUUCAGAAUCCCCUUUCACAUAAGACUACUUUUUCAGGAACAAUGCCACUUCAGCCUUUAGUGAUUUGCCAUACCACUGUAACUGCACUAAAAGAAAUUCCAUUUUGUUGCUGCCCACUUCUAAAUGCAGAUGGAAAGACAAGCCUACAGGUUUUGCCAGCACCCAGCUUUACAGACACUACAGUGGGAUAUCAUUAUAGCAGCAGCUACUCGGGAUGCAAUAGUACAAAUGCACAGACUGGACUUUUCAACACUCCACCUGCUACCCCACCAGACCUCAACCAAGAUUUCAGUAGGUUUCAGCUUCUUGUUGAUGUUACACUCAAAAGAGCAGCAAAGAUGGAGCUGCAGUCAAAACCUGUUGCUUAA